GUCAGACCCGUCGCUGUGGACGUCAUGUAGAAAUCAUGGUAUCAACUAACAAAUGCAUUUUAGUCGGAUGAAAGGCGAGUGGGCACUCACAUCCGAAACAUACAUUUUGAGCAUUUUAGUAUUAGCACAUUUCAGAGAUCGCAAUGUGGAAGUCAGUGCUUUUGCUCGUGCUAGUGGUUACGAUCUCAUUAACGGUGGGAAAGCACAAGCAUCGUUCGGUUGCCAGCAAGUUAAAGAAGAGUUCAGCCGCUAAGCAACAAGCCCCGCCUGCAGAAGGAACACAGCAGCCCAAGAAUGAACAAGAAAAGCAAGAGUCACAAGCAGAUGCGGAUGAUCAGCAAUCAGCACCCCCACCUGCCGAUGUCCCACCUCCCGCAGACCAAGAUGGGGAUGCUUCAGGUGACCAACCUCCCCCUCCUGAGGCACCUCAACCAGCACCAGCUCCGCCACCGCCUGAUGCACCACCACCACCCCCAGAUGCACCACCACCACCCCCUGAUGCACCACCACCACCCCCAGAUGCACCGCCACCACCCCCAGAUGCACCACCUCCUCCUCCAGAACAACCAACGCCACCACCUCCACCACCACCUCCCCCUGCUCCAGUACCACCACCAGUCUACCCUUACCCACCUCCGGUCCCUGCACCAUAUCCACUACCUUACCCCUAUCCGACCGAACCCGCACCUGCCCCAGUACCUUGUACCUCGAACGAAGACUGCGUUGAAGUUGACGGUCUACCUUAUUGCGUCAACGGCUUCUGCGCAGCUACUCCAUAUGGUAGGAAAAAGAAGGCACACAAAUUUGCCGGGGAAGAUGACUACGCAAGUGGAGCUGAAACGAUGGAUGUUUCUUCAGCAGUAAGAGAAGGGGACGAAGAAGCUGCUUCCAAUGACGAGGAACAAGCCGAAGAGAAGCCAGCCAAACAAACCUUAAUCGCUGAAAGACAAGAUCAGGCAGAUGAAGAAAUACAAGAAGAGCCCAUGGGAAUUAAGAGUGGAAAGACAAAGGAAAAGCAGGCUGUGCCCGAUGCAGCUCCAACGAGUGCACCAGAAGCGAAUGCACCAACAACUGCCUCGCAGGCAAGUAGCACAGCAACGCAACCAACAUCUGCAUCCAGUACAACAUCUUCAUCGUCGCGACCUUGUCAAACAGAUGAUGAUUGCAGUAACACACAAACACCAUACUGCGUAAAAGGCUAUUGCUCAGCUCAGCAAAGCAAAAAGAAAGUCAAAGGAAAGAAGAGUUCCAAAAAAGUAAAAAAGAACAAGAAACACGGAAAGGAGGAAAAACACGAAGAGGAGGCGAAACACGGAAAGGAGGAGGAGCAAGAAUGAAGUUUCAUAACAAAGAACUGUGAUUUUCAUUGGCCAAGGAAAAACUUAUAUGAUUCAUCAAGUAUGAAUUCGUUAAUGAUAUAGCAUGCAUAAACAGUAUUUACCUAUUACAAUUGGAGGCACCUUCGUACUCUGUAAGGUUUAAUUUUGUGUAGCAAAAUAUUAGCAAGAUGACACCUUUGUAUUAGUAUUGGAGGUAGAGAACGAUAGCUUGUUAGUAAUUUAAAGUAUGAAAGAGUUGAAAGACACUUUUGAUAAAGAAA